UGAAUAAAUAAAUAAAAAGGGGAUUGUUAAUGUUUGUGGAAAUAAAUUAAUGUAGAGAGGGAAGCUGGUGAUGGUUAAGCAGAGCAUCUCUAUUCUCAAGGGACGUCCAAGUGGGUAAACACUCAGAAAGCAACCAUUUUUUUUACCACUUGAAGGAAGAAAAUCUGAUUCCACUUCCCUUAUUUUAGUAAUUAAAUAGUAAACUCCAUUAUUCGUCAUCAAAGCAUACUUGUUGUUCUUCUUCUUCACCAGCGGUGGGCUGGAAAAGGUUGACUUUUCAUCGAGAAUAUCAAGGCCCAAUGAAGGGGUUUGUUUAUGUAUGACGUGGGGUCAGUGCUUCAAUGGCAACAGAAUCUUCAUUCAUUCUCAUUUAACCAGGAAUCAUAUUGAGUCUAUUCCAAGGCAGCCGCAGAUAAUAACUAUGACCCCCAGACAGGUUUUUUCUUAGAGAGAUUCUCUGGUGAAGACUGGAAUUGAUACUGGAAGGUUUUUUUUUUUUUUUGCCAUCCUCUUUGAUUUCUAAAUUGAGUGGAAUAACGUUGCCAUGGAAGAUACCAUUUUCUCACAAGGCACCAUGCUGGGUGGACUACCAGAUUCAGCAAUGGAUUUCGACUACAUGGACGAAUUGUUGUUAGAUGGAUGCUGGUUAGAGACAACACAGGGAUCUGAUUUCCUUAAUCCUACUCUACCCUUUUCAAAUAAUUUCUUUGAUCCUGCAUUUACAUGGCCUACUUCGGAGUCUAACGCGGGUGAUUUGGGCGGUGGCCUCUCUCACCAAGGAGAGAACCAAAGAUCAUUGUUGUCUGGAAAUUCACAUUGGAAUGAAGCUCAAGGUGAAAGUUUGGUCAGUCCUCAUUUUAGCCAAAGUCACAGUCUAGAUAGUGAUUGUGUAACUGACGGUUCUGAGCCGAAUCGAAGAUGGUGGAUUGGACCUAGAGUGAAUUCAGGUCCUGCAACCAGUGUAAUGCAGAGGUUAAUUCAAGCACUUGGUUAUAUCAAAGCUUUUGGAAAAGAGAAAGAUGUCCUUGUACAACUAUGGUUGCCUGUAAAUAGAGGAGGUAGACGCUUUCUAACUACCAGUGAGCAACCUUUUUCACUCGAUCCAAACAGCCAAAAACUUGCAAGUUAUAGGAACAUCUCUGUCAAAUAUGAUUUUCCAGCAGAGGAGGAUUCCAAGGACAUAGCAGGAUUGCCUGGUCGGGUUUUCUUGAGUAAGGUUCCGGAGUGGACUCCUGAUGUUCGAUUCUUUAAAAGGGAUGAAUACCCAAGAGUAGGUCAUGCUCAAGAACAUGAUGUUCGUGGUACCUUUGCCCUUCCUGUUUUCGAACAAGGUAGUGGAACUUGCUUGGGUGUUAUUGAAGUUGUGAUGACAACCGAGAAAAUCAAGAUUCAGCCUGAGCUCGAAAGUGUUUGCAAAGCAUUAGAGGCUGUCAAUCUUCGGAGUUCUAUAACUUCUAGAACUCAAAACAUAAAGGCUUACAAUAAUUGCUACCAAGCCGCCUUACCCGAGAUCAAAGAACUUUUAAGGUGUGCUUGCGAGACACACAGAUUACCCCUAGCUCAGGCUUGGGUUCCUUGUAUCCAGCAAGGUAAAGAGGGUUGCCGGCAUUCCUCUGAGAACUACGUUCAUUGUGUGUCUACUGUGGAUGAUGCUUGCUGUAUAGCUGAUCCUAGUAUCCAGGGUUUUCACGAGGCUUGCUCUGAGCAUCACUUGUUAAAAGGUCAAGGUGUUAUCGGGAGAGCAUUUUUGACUAAUCAGCCGUGCUUCUCGACUGACAUAACUUCCUUUAAGAAGACUGAAUAUCCUCUUGCUCACCAUGCAAUGAUGUUUAAUUUGCAUGCUGCCGUUGCUUUACGGUUCAGAUCCAUUCACACUGGUAAAGCAGACUUUGUCUUGGAGUUCUUCUUACCUGCGCACUGCAGAGAUCCCGAGGGACAAAGGAAGAUGCUUAAUUCACUAUCUAUCAUUAUACAGCAAGUAUGCUGUAGUUUGCGGGUUGUAACAGAUAAGGAGCUAGUUGAAGAAACUGAUUUGGCAGUUAGUGAAGUUGUAGCGCCUUCAGAUGGCUUACCUAUUAGAGAAGAGUCAUCGAAACGGCAGUGCACUAAUCAUCAUUCAAAGAAACUUUCUGGGGAAAGUUCAUCUUGCCUCACUAAGGUUCAAAAGAGUAGUAACACUGCCUUGGUACUCGAGAAAGAAAAGCCAAGGCCGAUGUUGGAUGAAAAACUACCUGAGGUGGAGCAGCAUCAACAACAUAUUAGCCUACAAGAAAGUGUUGAGUGCGGAGAUUCUACUUUUAAUGAGAUUAGCUUUUCGAGUGUGACAAUGGGAAAAACAAGUGAGAAGAGGCGUAGCAAGGCAGAAAAAACUAUCACUUUACAAGUUCUCCGCCAAUAUUUUGCUGGAAGCCUAAAAGAUGCAGCAAAAAGCCUUGGUGUGUGUCCCACUACCUUGAAAAGAAUCUGUAGGCAACACGGAAUAAAGCGCUGGCCAUCUCGAAAAAUCAAGAAAGUUGGACACUCCUUACAGAAACUCCAACAUGUCAUCGACUCAGUACAAGGUGCCUCUGGCGCUUUUCAUAUUAGUAACUUCUAUGCAAAUUUUCCCGAGUUGGCAUCUCCAAAAUUGUUAGGAAACAGUGCAUUAUCAACCUCACCACUGAAUGAUAAGCCAAAGCAAAUAAACAUACAGCCUGAGGGUGGUAAUUUCCUGUCCCAAGCUGCUCUCUCAAAUUCACCUUCCUCCUCGUGUAGUCAGAGCUCCAGUUCAAGUCAUAGCUGUUCGAGUGGAACACAUAGACCUUCAAAUUUUAACAUGUCUGGUAAGGAAGAUCAUAUAAUUGGAGACAACUCUGGGGAUGGUGAACUGAAAAGGGUCAAAAGUGAUGUAGAGUUGCAUGCCUCAAGUCAAGAAGGACCAAAGCUGUUCCCAAGAUCCCAGAGCCUUAGAUCUCUUAAGGAACAGCUUAUUUGUGACAAUCUUCAACCCAUAUCUAAGAAUACGAGCCCAAUUGCUCAUGAUUUAGAAGCUCAAAGGGUAAAGGUCACAUAUGGAGAUGAGAAAAUCCGGUUCCGCAUGCAGAGUAAAUGGCGGUUUAAAGAUUUAUUGCAUGAAAUCGCAAGACGGUUCAAUAUAGAUGAUAUAAGCAGAUUUGAUCUGAAGUACUUAGAUGAUGAUUCUGAGUGGGUGCUAUUAACAUGUGAUGCGGAUAUGGUGGAGUGUAUUGAUGUAUGUGGAUCGUCGCAGGGCAACACAAUUAAGUUGUCCUUGCAAGUUUCACAUCAUCAUUUGGACCAGUUUUCAGGUAGCACUGGAUCUUGAUGAAGAUCUAAAGUUGUAGUAUCAGCAUGUAGUAGUGAUAUGAAUGCAUUCUCUCAAUGAUUCGGGUUUUUGGCUCUUAGUGUGAUGUUUCCGAGAGCAGAAACCUUAAUGCUCCUAGAUGACGGUAACACUUUCGGAUGCAGUGCACUGUAUAUUUUAGUGAUGAGCAGAGCAGCAAAAGCUGCUAUGUUACAAAGAAUACUAGUAAUAGUAGUAAAGAGGAUAUUUUUUUGCAAA